AUAGGGAAAUAAAAACAAGUGAUUGGAUAAUGUUUGUUUGUUGAUUUCGCGGAUUUAAGUUGGUAAUUUAGAGAACAUUUCGUUGGUGUGGUGGAGUGGCUGUUUUGGGUUGGCGAAUUUAUUUUUUUAUAAGUUCACCUUAUCGAGUGGCCACAGCAUGCCCCACUUCAGCCCCCUCCCCUGCCACGCCGGCGACAAAUAGACAGUGGAGCAAAGGAGACAAAAACAAGUGCAUCGCGUUUGGCGAGAGCAGCAUCAUCGUACAUAUUUCGUUUCGCAUCUCGCAUCAUCGAAAUUAAUCAAGUGAAUUUCACAUUCACAUUCGCGUGCUGCUGCCAAAGGGAACAACAACAAGUGAUGGCGCAGCGGAAGUAACUGUCGCCCAAAAAGGACAUCGAGCAUAAAGCAGAAGAAGAAGAGGAGCAGGAAACACGCCCAUCGGCAGGACGUAAAGAAGACGGCCACACACAUACAUACAUAUGCAAACGUCCUUGGCUCGUGGACGUCAAGUGGAGGAAGUGGAGGAGGCAGCAGGACGAAGAAGAAUAGGUGACGUCUGAAACAACAAACAACAGGAACACGAUACAACAACACAACAGCAGCAGCAACGACGACAGCAACAACAACAACAACCGACAAACGCAAUUACAGUAAAAGGUGCGCCCCAAAAGAUGGCGACAGCAGAGGCAGCAGCAGCAGAAGCAGGAGGAGCAAGUGGCCCCAGUGUAGCAGCAGGAUCAGCAGGAGGAGGUGGAGGUGGAAGCAGUGACAUCGGUUUGGGCAUCGGCAUAGGCAUCGAGAUGCUGAAGGCCCUGUACGAUUUCCAGGCGGUCUAUCCCAAGACCAUUAGCUUCGAUGAGGGCGAGUACUUCAUCCUCUACCAGACAUCCGCCCGCCAGCGCAAUUGGUGGCAAGUGGUCAGCAUGAAGGGCAACAUUGGCUUUGUGCCCUCCAAUUACGUAAUGAAGAUUAAGGUGGAGCACGACUUUCUCAUCAGCUUUCUGAACUCCUCGAUAGAAUCACUGGAGAAGUGCACGGAUCAUGAGAUCAAUGGCAUCAUGUCCAAGGACGAACUGCUGGACAGGCUGCGCGAGAAGAAGCACACCAUGGAGCGACUCUACGCGGAGAGUUCUGAGCGCGAUGGCGACUCAUCGCUGUCCUAUUCGCAGAGCUACAGCGACAAGGGCAGCCACCGGCACUCGCAUCCCCAUCCCACCCAAUCCCAGACGCAGCUCCAUUCCCAGCAUCGCCAGCACAGUCCACCGCCCAGCGGCAGUGGUGGUGGCCCCCAGCGCCUGGACAUGAGCAAGAAGAGCAUGUCCAGUCCGGCGGUGGGCUCUUCAUGUGGUGCGCUCCAAAAUCAGGGCAUGAUUGAGUCGCCCAGCAUGGGCAGCAUGCAGUUCCAGGGCAGCAGCUGCACCAUCCAGACGCCGCAGCAGCAACAGCCGCUACCAGCACCGCCAGCACCAGCUCCAUCGCCAUCACCAUCGCCAGCUCCAGCCACGCCCACGGCGGCCGCAUCGAGCAAAGCAGCCGCCGGCGGGGAUGUGGCGCAGGACAAUAGCAUUACGUCGGAGCCGUCGGAGACGACAACGACCACUACGACGACCAGCGAGGAUGUGGUCACCACAUACAAGGAGACCAGUCAGAUGAGCACCAGCCAGCAGAACAAGCCUGCGAAUGGCAGCACUGCCUCAGCAUCCAUUUCCGCAUCCGCCUCGGCUUCGGCUUUGCGCAGCAGCGGCGGGAAUGGCCAUGGCAAUGGCAACGGGAGUACGGCGGCCCUGCACCAGGAGCUGCAGCAGGAGGAGGCGGACAGUGCGCCGGACAAGUCGGAUGAUGCCAGCGCCGUGCCGAGUGAUGAUGGCUGCCAGGCCAAUGGGGAUAGUGCGGAUAAUAGUCAGGCACUGGAUAGCAUCGAUAGCCCGUCGCAUCGGCAGCGCGGUCUCAGUCUGGGCAGGAUCGAGGAGGGAGCCACGGGCGGGGGUCAGCUGAAGGUUGAGUCCUCCGACGUCUAUCAGAUUGUGGACGCACUGCGUCGGAACACUAACCUCAGCUUCGAUCUCUCCUGCGAGGCGUUGCGCGUGGUGCUGACCAGCCUGGAGCAGCUUUACAAUGGGGCCAUCAAUCCGUACCUGGAGGCAGUGGCUGUCCAUGUCACCGGUAAGGUGGCCACGCCCAAGGAACUGCUGGGCAUCACGCACGACGCCAAGCGGCUGCAGUACCUCUUCGCCCAGCUGGCCGACUGCAAGAACGACACGGAGCAGCGCACCUGGAUGCUCUACGAGGACGAGGAGGACAUCAUUCAGUUCCUUGAGGAGCUCGUCGAGAUUCUGAUCAACGCUGAUGAGAGCAUUAGUUGCUACGAGAUGUCCUGCGAUCAGUACCAGAUGUUCAUCAACCUGGUGCAAUACUAUCAGAUGGAGACGCGCUGGUCCAUCAAGCGACUGCUGCUCAAGACCUUCACAGCCGCUUGCCAUCUGGACUACAUCAUUGUGGACAUACUGCUGACCUCGGUGCUGCCCCUGGAGAUUGUGGAGGACAUGAAGACGCACUUCUCCAAUCUGGAUCGCUUCAAGCAGCUGGUCAAGAUGCUGACCAUCAUCUUCUCACUUGGGCAGCCCAUGCCGGUUAAUCAUCAGGACUAUUUGGGUGUUCACUUUGCCAGCUUUCUGCUGGAAAUUGUCGAGGGAAAUAAUCCAGAGCUCCUGGUGGACAUGGUUAUUGCCUUGAUAUUAGCCUUCAACCAGCAAUUCAGCGAGCACACCUUUAAUGUUAUCAUCGAGGGUAUGCAGAAUCUGCCCUCCGCCAAGGUGUUCACGGAGAAACUACUGCUACUGCUCAAUCGAGAAGAUGAUCCAACCCGCUUGCUAAAGCAUCCUAACGAGCACAUGAACACGGUGCUGCGAAUGUUCAUCGACAUAUUCAGCCAUUCGGACACGGCGGGUAUGUUCUACACGAACGACAUCAAGGUGCUGAUCGAUAUAGUGGUUCGCCAGCUCUCCGAUUUGGAUGCCGGCAGUUCGACGCGACCCUGCUACUUGGAGCUGUGCCGACGCAUCCUGCGCAACACGAAUUACCAGGAGCACCAGCACCGCAAGCACGACCUCAUGAAGAUCUUCACGCGCAUCUUCUGCGAGGAGACCGAGUGCAGUGCCUCCGAUCAGCAGUUGGUGCGGGAAAUAGCCAACGAGUUCCCGCAGCUGUUCAAGGCCUAAAACUGCAUAGCCCCAAAAAUACGAAAACAAAAAAAAACAAAACCCAAACCAAAAUACGGAGGGAAACCAAAAUUGUAAAGCGUUGCUAGUGAGGCGAGCCGUUUAAAGCGAGCCAACCGUAAAUUCUUAAAUUAUUUUAAAUUUGAUCAGUAAAUUGUUACGCAUUUGUUUAGCGUCUCGGUCUCCAGAUAGCCCUCAGAACUCAGAAGAAAGCAUUUCGAUCCACUAUACCGGAUCGAAAGGGAACACACAGACACACACACACGGCGACUCUACAUAUAUCUUAUGAACAUAGUCUGUAAGCAGGACAAAUGUACUAGUUGCAUGUGGAGUAGAUGCAACCUCAUAGAGCUGAUACCCAAUAGCGAUAUCUGCGUAUCCGUAAAACAUCUAGGCGAAAGAAAUGGAAUAGUAUAACACUAAAUUAUCCCCAAUUUAGGAUGAUUUCACUAAUUUAGAAUUUAGCCAGGGACAAUUUUAGCCAGAAACAGAGUCAGAGAUCAGCCUCACUUUUAAAUUUUUGUAGUUAUAAUUGCCAAUUUAUUUGGUCUUCAAAAUUUUGACAAGAAAAAAAAAACAAAAAGAACGAUAUCGUUCGAAGAAUAAAAUAUUUAUAGCCUAAUUAUACACCUAUAAUGAAAAUAUACAUUCAUGACAGAUGCGGAAUGAAACGUUAAUUGUAAUCUACAAGUAAACAAUUGAUAUAUUAACGAUGUAUGACUAAAUAUUUGCAGCUAGCGAAAUCCAAAUCGAUUCGAAUGUAACGAGCAUAUAAUGUUAAAUUUGUUUAUAUAAUCUAUGAGGAGGAGAACUAGGCCGAACAGGAAAUCAUUGACAAUUGUUAAAGCUCAAAUACAUAUUAAUUGGAGGCUAGGAGGCUGGAAAUUAAAAGGAAACGCUCUGCAGAAAGCAUUGAAAGUAAGGACACCCAUUUGCAUUUCUCCCUCGCUAAAAAAACACACACACAGUGGCGUAGGCAUUUAGGGGGUUCAGAAAACUUCUGUAUUUAUUUAUUAUAUUUUACAAAUAUCUUUUUCUUUUGGAGGUUGACCUUCCGCAUACGCCACUUUUUCUCUAUAGCUCUCUCACUAUUUCUCAAGCUAAUAACAAAACAAAUUUCCCAGCGGAACCUUUGAAAGGAUCCAUACUUUUAGUUAUAUUUAUUUAGUAGUUUGAAAAGAUCUAACUCUUUGCCUUAUUUUUAAGCAGUUACUUUGCAUUUGUACGUUAUUUAGUGAUUAGAUUUGAAAGGGCCUAGGAACCCCUAACCUUUGUAUUUUUUAAAUGGUGAUCCGCUGGGAAUGAUUAUAUCUAUCUCUAUAUAGACACAUACACUCAUCUUACAAACAUAAAUAGUUUUAGACAGAUUUCAUUGGCCUUUAUUUGUUAUUGUUACGUCACAGUUAUCCAACUAAAAAAACAACGAAAUUAAAAUAAAAAAACUAAACAUUUUAACCCAGAGUAGCAAUGAGAUAAUAAAAAUAAGGGCGGAAACCACAUUUGAUCAUUAUUUUUGAUUGGCUUUGGUCACCAAGCUAUCAUUCCAACUUAAUAAAAGCCACUAAAACACAGAAGCAAUAAACUUUUUAAGUUAUCAAGCACGCCAGUUAACAAAAAGUGGCUUUGGAAACACUGCCUGUAGCAUAGGAAGGAAUUUGAAUAUCGCUUUAACCCGGAUUAUAAUAAUAGUUAAUGUAAUUGUAAAAUUGUCGAUUUUGUAAUAAUAUCUCAUGUGAUUUUCCCCUUGGACAAUUGCGAUCUAUUUCCAUGUUUACGUUUGAGAGGUCCUCAUUGUUCAAUUGUUUAAGCAACCAAUUUGAAUCAAAACGCAUAGACGAGCAUGAUAUUAAAACAAUCAUCAAUAUCAAUUCGAAAACUUACCUUUGGAUCCUAUUUUGAAUCUGAGAAUUUGAAAAGCUGCUGAUGCAUGGACGAAUUUAGUUUGCCAAGUCUCAUAACAAAAGGAUAUUUACAAACAGUUAUAAACUAAACUAAAUCAGAAACUAAAAUCAAUAUUAACCACAAAUUGUACCUUUCGAUUUUGAAUUUAAAUAACACUCUCGGUAAUCGCAAUAAAAACCAAAACAAAAACAAUGAGGCAAAAAUGUACACGAAGCUGCAAUAAAAACAAUUAAUGUUUAAAAGUACUACGUUAACAAAAACAAACACGUUUUACGUCAAGCAAAUAGAGCUAAUUUAAAAGAUUGUUAACCUCUCAUUUUUAACACAAAACAGAGAUCCUAAAAACAGAAAACCAAACAAAUUACAAGUUUUAAUAAGCGCAUUCAAAAUGUAACGAAAUGAAAUUGCAAUUGUAAGAAACGAAAAUAAUAAAUAAAACAAUUCAAGUAUA